AUGGCGGUCAAGAAAUACAAAAAAACUACACCUUUGGUGAUAGUGGAUAUAAUUAUCAAUUGGAGAUUAGGAGAGGAUUCAAACUCGGACUUGGAUUCAGUUGACGAAGAACUGAGAGUAGUCAAGGCUGAAGCUUCGACCAAAACACCUCUAAAACAAGAUAAUAUUGCGCCAGAAGAAGUCGUGGUCUCGUGGAGUUAUAAAGGAUUAUCGUGUGACCAAAAAGAUAGAGUACGUGUGAUACCAAGUGCCCAGCCGAGGAAUCCGAAGGAUAGAGGCUUUGUACACGUUGAGCAAAAAACAAGAUCUAGGUGGUUGUGA